AUGAAACUAAAUUAUAUUCCACUUAAAAAGUGUCCACUAUUAGAGCUGAAUAUGGCUUCAGCAUGUGUGGCAGAAGAGGAGGUCUACAGGGAGGUUCUGACUUGCCCAAUCUGUCUCUGCCUCCUCACCAACCCAAAGGUGACAUCCUGUAUGCAUACAGUCUGUUGUGGGUGCCUUGAUAAGUGGAUAAACCAAAAAGCCAAGCAAGUGCAGAAAGUGUGUCCUUGUCCAGUUUGUAGAGUUGACUUUAAGGUUCCAAAAGGUGGCGCCAAUGCUCUCAAGGGAAAUUAUAUACUCAAUGACAUGUUGGAUGCUCUGAGGAAGAAACUUGAGAAAAUGGCUGACAACAUUGAACAAUACUGUGACAUUUGUGUGCUGCAUGAUAAUAAAGUUCAAGCGACGUCAAAGUGUAUUGAUUGUGAUCAGUUUAUAUGCGACUCUUGCACGCGUACUCAUCAGAGCAUCAGAGCUGUUAAAGGCCACAAAGUCAUUCCAAUCACAGGGGAUGACCAAAAGGACACACGCGCUACAUUAGAAAUGUUUCCAAAACGUAGUAAAUUCUGUGAGUCCCACCCUGAUGAGCCUCUGAAGUUCUAUUGUACAAGCUGCUGUGAGGUCUUGUGUAGGGACUGCUGUAUCACUACUCACAGCGGACACAAGUGCGAGGAUCUCACACACAAUGUAAAAGGUGACAUGAAAAACAUUGGAUCACUUAUCGAAAUGGCCGUACAAAGGGAAGCGAAUGUUAAGAAUGCUAUUGAGGAGAUGAAUGAAUACAAAGAAAUCAUGGAAAACAACGCUGUAGCGGUCAAAGCAGCGAUUAAUGCGACAAGAAAAGCUCAACAUGAUUUGAUUGACAAGCACUAUAACAACCAAGUGACUGAAGUUGAAAAACUAAAACAUGAUACCAUGAAGAAAGUCGAUGUACAUAUCGACAGUCUUGAGCUACAGAAUGGUAUCACAUUGAGCACCAAGCACCUUCUCGAGAUGCAGCAGCAGUUUGGCCACCCUGCCCAGAUCAUCAGCAUCAGGCAAGAACUAAACAGUAAAACAAAGGAAUGGUCCCAGCCCCUGGAGCUAGAGUUUGAACCAAGGAUCAAGAUAAUAUUCAAUGAUGGGAAAACAACAGAGUCAGGACUGAACUUUGGAAGUGUUAUGCCACUUGAAAAGACAUUAAACAAAUUUGUACGGAUUGAGAAAAACCCUUUUGCGAUGGUCGGAACUAUGUGCAGUUUCGAACUUCUAGAGAAUGGUGAUAUAGUAUCAGCUCAUCUUGAAGGUGGUAUCAAUAUCACUGAUCACAUAACACAUGAACAGAAACAUCAUGUUAAGAUGAGAUGUAUACGCCUCACAACACAGGGCAACAAUACCAUAGCUGUGGAUAGGGAUACAGGUACUAUCAAACAGUUGGAUGAGAAGGGUAACUUUGAAAGAGAGGUUGAUUGUAUCAAGCCAUCAGAUCAUUGUGUAGCAGCUGGUCUAGAUGGUAAAUUAAUAGCAACCCAUGGAAAGGGACAAGUAUCACACAUUGAUGUUAAUACUAACACUCUGAUCUCAACUCACAAGAUCAAAGAUGAUGGCAAUGUCCCUAACAUCUCCAUAACUUCUAGGUCUGAGACUGUUAUAUCAUACUUUGAAUUAAACAUUGUAGAAAAAUACAGCAAGAAUGGUGAUCUUCUCUUCACAUAUAAUGGACAGCAAGGUGAAUAUGGACUUAAAACACCUACGGGUGUAUGUGUGGAUCCAUUUGAUAGGAUUAUAGUAGCAAGUUCAGACAACAACACAGUUCAUCUGUUGGACUCUAAAGGAAAGUUCAUUAAGCUUCUUGUUACACCUAAAGACAACAUCAUAGAUCCUCAAGAUGUGGCUAUGGACAAACAGAAUCGUCUCAUUGUAGGUACAUACCAAGGCAAGUUGCACUAUGUCAACUACAUGGCCAAUUAA